GUCAAGUCAAGUCAAUAUUCCUUCAUAUCAAAAUUGUAUCAAAACAAAACAAACAAGCGAGAAGUGGAGAUUAAAUAAAAUAAUUUUAUUUACUAAUCUAUAAAAUAGCUGGAUUUCAGCCCAAUAUGUGGCAAUUUAAAAAGCAAAAGCCGACUUCUACUAUACCAACAACAAACAAGUUUUGGGCUGAUAUUGACAUUGAUAGUGAAAAAGCAGAAACGUCAGAAACAAAAGAUUUUACUGCAGCAGAAACAAGUGCUCUUGAAAGGAGGCUAAAUAACCCAAACAAACUAAAGAGGGCUAAAUGCUAUAUAUGCAGUGAGGUUGGACAUAUCGCAAGAAUAUGCCCAUUAAACAAAGGUCAAAAGAAAAAAAAAGAUUACAGUACUACAGCUGCGAGUAAAGAUGCGGGAAAGAUGAAUACCAAUUAUGAUAAUGCAGAAACUUUGGGGCAGAGUGCAUCUAAUCAUGAAAAAAGUAAAUCUACAACUUCGACAGCAAAAGAGGAUACAAAUAAUGGUAGUUAUGCAACAACUUUAGGACAAAAUUCAUCUAAAGAUGAAACAAAUAAAGCUAAAUUUACAACAACAGGACACAAUGAUAAUGCAGAAACUUCAGGGCAAUGUAAAUCUUAUACUGAAACGAAUAAGGCUGAAACUCCGAAAGAAAGAGAGAUCGCCGCUUCCGAAGCUGAAAAACCAAAGAAGAAACUUCUCAACAUAACUGUGAAAUGCUACAUUUGCCACCAAAAGGGCCACCGACAAAAUGCUUGCCCUUUGAAAGACAAACAGGACGCCUUGGCCGGUGCUUCGAGUACCGAAUGUACCGAUCAAAUGUCAAAAGAUGCCAGAUGUACUUUCUGCGGAGUUCAGGGCCACAACUUCCAGACUUGUCCGGUGAAGAAAUGGCACGUUGGACCUGGCUCGAAGGAAAGUGAAUCUGAAAAGGAGGGGAACAUAUACGAUUUCAUCGAUCUAAGUGCGGAACAACCUGAAACUGAUAAUCAAACUACCAAAGGUAUACCCAUCGGUGUGUGUAAACAAAUUACCGAAGCUCAAAGGAGUGAGUUGAAAAAACAGAAGACUAUAAGAAAAAGAAUGAAUCAAUCUAUGAAGAGGCGGAGAGCGGCUUUGUUGAAAAAAGUACCUAUGUUCUUACGAGCUACUGCACCUGAGAACCAUCUAACUGUGUUUGAGAGUCAAACUAUUAUCGCUGGAAAUCAGUCGAUGCCUGUUCCGAUGCCUGUUGUGAUUGAGAAUCACCCUGUUGUGAGUGGAGAUCACCCUGUAGCAUAUCAACCGGUCGCACCGCAGAAUUACCCUUUUCCAGAUCCGAAUCAGGCUAAUGUGGCCGGGUUUAUUGCAAUGCAAGGUUACACCCGCUUCCCAUCAGGUAUACCGAAGUCGUUUCUAACUCCACAACACACAGAACAGUUGUUACCACAGAAUAUGCAGCAACGAAUUCCAACGAUCCAACGGCAAACGCAGCAACAACCCGUUCAACCAAUCGUUCCUGAACCAAGUCCCGUUCCCGACUGGCAAACGCAGCACACAUUUAUGCCUAUAUCAAUUGAGAAAAAUCCGCCUGUUGAAUCUACUCGUAUGUCGACACAAGGAGAGACAACGGAGACAGAGAUAACGCAGGCUUACUCCCCCUCUGAUGUUUACGGCGAUAUGAGGAACGAACUUGGCUCUACUGAACCGCACGAAGGCUCGGAAUCACCCGACCCGCAAGGUCAGAAGCGUCUCAGCGCGUUCCAGCGCCUUGGACCGGCGACGCAGAAGAAACCCAAGUUGACCAUCAACCUUUCUUGCGAUAAAGGACAGCCAGUGAGGGAAGUGGUGGACGAGACAGAAGAAACUGUAGAAGAAUACACCCCUGUUCACCUCCGCAAUGACGUCACAACAAGCACAGACGAGACAGUAAUGAAGUACCUGCACUUAUGGCCCUGGAAGAGGACAGUGCAUGAAAGAAGAACAGCCUCUUUCAGAACUUCCAAGUCGGCGAUGUUGUUGGAACUGGAACAAAUGGUGGAAUCGUACGAGAAAGACAAUUCGUUCAUACUAAUUACUGUGACCCAUUACCCAAAACAUUGGACCAAGGAAAUGGUGUUUGACGUUGUGCUGGAACAGAUAAAUGUCAUACCGUGUUUUAUUGAGUUCACACCGAAAGAAUGCAAAUUCUUCGUGAUCAGAAGCAAGCCGGCCUUGAUGGCCAUACACAAGUUGGGGUUCCGUAUACGCAAGGAAGACCUGGAGUUGAGACUCAGGAUAUCACUCACAUUACUCACGCAGAACCAGAUCGACUUCCUGCCGCGUCUCGAGUUGAGGAAACGGCUUGGGAUGGGGUACGAUGGCGAGAGGAAGCUGGAUUUGCAGGAGUUCACAUUGAAGUCAGACAUAAGCCACUUCAUCUAUUUCCCUCUCAGUGCACUGUCGAAUCAAACCGACCUGAUACAAUUGCGAAGUGUGGUGGACUGGGAGCGUUUGACCGAGCUGAAUUUAUCGCGAAAUAGACUAACAUCCAUAAACGGCUUCGAACUAUCGACCACGUGUCCCAAACUGAAAGUUCUAGAUUUAUCACACAACUACUUGGGGAGGGUGACAGUACUCCUCCAAAGCAGGAGUCUGCCUCUCCGCAGUCUGAGCUUGGAGGGCAACCCUCUCUGCCACGACUACAUCGACCCCAGGCAGUAUGUAGACAACGUCAGAGCCAUGUUUCCCACUCUGAGAGAACUUGACGGCGUAUCACUAACACUGAAAGGCGACUUACCAGCUUUCAAAAAGAACUACUGCAUCUACGGCGCUGACAGCAUAAUAGAGAAAUUUCUAGACGUAUACUUCCCGCUGUUAGAACUGCAGCCUUCGGAGAGACAACUCAUUGGAGACAUGUACGAUGAGAACGCGCUGAUGAUGGUUAUAUACAGAUAUAAAUAUAUUCGCAGAUUAUUCCGAAUUUCAUCCAUCAACAGUAAAUUCGUGGCGGACGGCGUGAAAGACGUCAUACAGGGCGCCACUUCUAUAACCAAAUACAUAAACAAGUGGCCCGUUUUCAAACACGACCCCUUCACGUUUACUGUAGAUGUGAUUUUUCAUAGUGACACGACAACAGUCGUCAAAAUCUGCGGAAUGUUGAAAUUGACAGCGGAAUCUUUGGCGGAAGACGAGCAUAUAAUGUCAUUCUCACGUACGACCGUGUUACAUCGUACCGACAGUAUGGAGUACAAAAUACUCAACGAUUUGUUGUUGUGGGACGAACCGAGUAAAGAGUGUGCCGCGAACGCUUUUCAAAUCACUAAGAUAAGGUCGAGAAAACUGUAUGUCGAUUUUGAAUUUGAUCCAAAUCCUGAUGAAGAGACGAAAGAAAAAUUGGUUCUCAUAUUUGAACAAUUGACGGAAUUGGAUACAGAUUGUAGCCGAAAGUGCCUGGAAAGAAAAGAAUGGAACCUUAAAGAGGCUUUAGAUCACUUUAUCCAGCUUCUAAAGUUAAAUGAUUUGAGCUCGAUCGAAUUAAAUUGAGAGAAAUCCUGAUCAAAAAUUUAAUGAGAUGUGAGUUUCGAUGUCUUACAUGGUAUUAAAAUGAAAACCUGGUUUAAAAUUACGAAAUACAAAUUUCUAAUAUUGCCCAAUUCGUAGGUUAAUUAUUGUUAUUAUAAGCAAAAGGGUUGUAAACUAUUUUAGGUAUGGAGGUGAUAAAAUAAAUUGUA